UCUACCUAACACCACAUGGACAGAGGCUUUUCUGAGGUAAAUCGAUCACGGUGGCCGACCAUCGCGUGAACCACGGAGGCAUGGCGGAGCAGGCCGCGCCACCCGACCACGAGUUCGUGUACCGCAUUAGCCCAGAGGCGGAAUGGCGCCACGCGCAGGCUGCUGGCCGCUUCGUGGGUAGCGAUUUCGACAGGCAGAGCGGCUUCAUCCACCUCAGCACGGCCGACCAGGUGGGCGGCACGGUGCUGAUGUUCUUCGCGGGGCGGGACGACCUCAUGCUGCUGCAGAUACGCGCACACACGCUUGGAGCACGUCUGGUGUACGAGCCUGUGCCGGACCUGGGCCUCUUCCCGCACCUCUACUGCCUUGCUCCUCCCACUGACCCCUCUGCCAGCAGGCGCAGCGAGGAGGCGGGUGAAGAGGAGGGGGUGAGUGGCAUGGCGCUGUCAGCCGUGGUGCAGGCAGUGAAGCUGCCUCUCAAAGAUGGCGUGCACAUGCUGCCAUCCUUCCUCUCAGCCUCCUGACCACAUGGGCCAGUCCAGUGCGGUUGAAAGUGCCACCCGAGUGCUGCUAGCUCAAGAGGCACAGGACCUGGCUUUGAGGGCUUUGAGUGUCUGUUUUGACGUUCAACGCAAACCCCUCCAAUGUGGGGAAUGGCGGAUUGAUUGCUUGCUUGCAAGGCAAAAGGCAAGGAAAGCUUGAACUGUGUGGUGGUGAGGGAGGUGGGGGGGCUGGCUAAUUGUGCCCUGUAUGGUACAGUGGUACGGCUUUCACUCUAUGAAAUGGGAAAACAAAUAGGCUUCGAAAUGGCAAUUGUAUUGUAAAGCAUUCUUCCAAAAGUGAAUUCUGAUAGGAUACGGCAA